AUGAUGUUCGAUGUCGCCAUCGUCGUGAUGCAUCAACACUAUGCGGUAUAUCUCGUCGAUAAAAUGAAAUCAAGGCGAACAGCUACGAGUAAAUCCUUGAUUCAUGCUGCUGGUAAACACUCAGAGACAGUUAGUCGAGCUAGUGCUCACUGUUGCCACACCCUGGACGUGUUGAAGAACAAUCGCUCUUCCAAUGAAUUGCUCAAGUUGUUCAUCAUCAAAUUACAAGAGACUCCAGCCACACGUGACACUUUUGAAAUAUUGGUGAAUCUCGUGAAAUCACGUGGUUUCGUCGAAAUAGAAGCAAAUAUUCGCAGCAGGCACAAGCUUUGUAUGAGGGAAGAGCUGCUGAGGCGGUGUGGAAUUGAAGGCGGAGCGACACUGGUGGAUGAUGGCUUUGCUGUAUUCUUUUUUUCGAAGAGGGAGCAAUUAUCUAAGAAGCAGAAAAUCGACAGGAUAUCCAGCUUGAAGGAGACAUCACGACGGUUAGAAGCAGUGGACCUCAUCAAUAGGCUUUUACAGAUCGAAUUCUCUGGCCACAACUGCUUCGAGUGUAAUGCGGCCGCUGUGGCAAGAUGCCUUCUUGCUUCACUCUGUUUCCCAUGUCAUCGCAAACUCCGCAACAUAGCUUUACCAAAAAAUACAUCCCCUAGUAGGUUGAUCAGUGGUACUGAGAACUGUAUUCGACCAUGCAUGAGGUAUCGUCGUCUACGGUCUGUUCUCACCAUCGCAAUUUUUAUGUGUUUACGGAGACAAAAACUGCGUAGAAGACCGUCGAUUAGAUUUGUUAACGCACUCGUGGAAGAACUGCUGCGAGCUAUUUUUGUUAUUAAUUUGCUCCGAAAAUGGCUCGUGAUGUUAUGGUGGCAGUGGCUAUGGUCAAUAAUGAAAAGUCGGCACAAAUGUACCGCAAUUACAAGCUGUCCCCUCGGAUAUUCAGGUGAAAGCUGCACCCACUCACGUAGGUUCAUCUGGCCACAUGUCGUUGCAAAUUCACCUUCACAAGGAAACCAGCGUUCGUAUCAGAAGACAAUCUCACAGACCUGUAGACAGAAUGAAACAGCUGUUCUGGAUCGUUGUGUGCCUUCUGGCACAGGACACAGCAACCUUUGUUUUAUCGAGUACCUCCUCACUAGCGUGGUGAACGCUUUUCACGACGAUUGCGAUAACUUCAUCUCAAUGGAUGCGAAUGGAACGACCAACAAGGAAAUACUUGCUGUGGAAACAUUUUGGGAGGACUUUGAGACAUGUUUCUGCACUAAAAAAGGCAGCGGUUACAAUGCUGUUGGGCAACUGUUACUUAGCCAGCUUUCAUUCAACAAUUCGAAAGCUUCUCACCCAGUGAUCAAAUCAAAAAUGCUUGAGGGGCUCCCGAAUCAGAACCAUCUACCUGGAAACAAAGUGAGUAUAGCCCCACUGAAGCUCGAAGUAGCACCGCAAGAAGCCAUGAACUUGCCGAAGUAUCUUCAGAACUGGAGUACUCAGCCCAAGAGUAGCAUACUCUUGCCUCCACCCCUUUUCGACAAUUUCUCGUCCGUCGAUCUGCGUGAUUCCUGCAAUCCUUCUUCAAACGAGCUGAUUUCCGAAAUAGUGCCCAACGAAGAACCAGAAAAGGAAUCGAACGAAGUGGAAAUAGCGAUAAUAGCAACCUCUUGUCGUUUGCCUGGUGGAGUAACUGACGAAUCCGAAUUGUGGGACUUGUUAAAAAGCGGAAGAAAUACGGCAUCCAGGAUCCCAGCCAAUCGAAUCGCAACGAGAGAUACGCUCAUUGAAGGGAAGGUGUAUGGAGUAUCUGUAGAAGGUGGAAAUUUCAUCACUCAAGACGUUUCAGGAUUUGAUCCAUCUUUCUUCAAUAUUUCUACUAGUGAAGCGGAAAACAUGGAUCCUCAACAGCGACUUCUGCUCGAAUGCGUUCAAGAAUGUAUCGAAAACGCUGGGGUAACCGACACUAGCAAUGUAGGUGUGUUUGUAGGAUUGAUGGAAACGGAGUACCCUGAAUUGAUGAAAACGUGUCGGUCCAUCUCCUCUAUGCUCGGUUCCAUGUACGCCUUCGUUUCCGGUAGAAUCAAUUACGUAUUGGGUAGUCACGGACCGUCUAUUACAGUGGACACCGCUUGCAGCUCUUCUCUGGUUGCCGCCGAUCUCGCAAUCAGUGCUCUGAAAAGUGGGAGGUGUACAACUGCAAUCGUUGCUGGAGUGAAUCUGAUUCUGAGUGAAAAGGGACAAGGCGUUCGAGCAAAUGGGAACAUGUUAUCGCGACAUGGAAUGUCAUUGAGUUUCGACGCUCGCGCCUCAGGGUAUGGACGCUCCGACGGAUGUGUUGCGCUGAUGAUUGAGCAAGUGAGACCUGGUAAGGUAUACAUGUCUAGAAUCGUUGGAAUGAACGUCAACCAUGGAGGCAGAAGUGCUUCGCUUACAACUCCUAACCCACAAUCUCAGCAAGAGCUCAUUAACACUAUGCUUCGAGAGUGUGGACGCGACAAGCUUCAGUAUUGGGAGGCACACGGGACUGGUACUCGUAUUGGCGACCUGUUGGAGAUGAAGGCUCUCUCAUCAACAUUUCAAAACUUGACUGUAGGAACGAUAAAAGCUUCGAUUGGCCAUGGCGAGGCUGCAGCAGGGGCGUCCGCAUUGCUCAAAUUAUCCCUCAUGCUGAAGUAUAACUACAUCCCUCCACUAGUUAAUUUUCAUGUUACCAGUAGCAAAAUGACAACUGGCUCUCUCAUAUUUCCGGUCGUGGGCGAAGAACGAAGCCUGGAAGAUUGCGGUGUGACGUCAUUUGGUGUGAGCGGAACAAAUGCAGCGGCCCUAUUAAGCAAGUCGUCUGAACCGCCGCGGAAAUUAGAGGCAUUGAGGAAGCACUACUUUGUACCUGUCAGUGCCAAGAGCAUGGAAUCCUUGAACAUGAUGGUCGGAGUCGUCAAAAAUUUUCUUUUGAAUACAAAUGAAAACAUGGAGGACAUCACUGGAGCUUUUGCUUUCCACAAAAAUCAUUACAGCCAUCGUUGUGCUGUCAUUGUAGACAGGCAGGGUCGCGAAAUCCAAAAGCUUUUUGGUGCAUGCCACAAACCAGCAAAAGGAGCUGCUCUUGUGCUAUCCGAUGCAGACGUUUCGUACGACAUGCUUCAAAAUCCCGGCUAUUCAAAGCAUUUCGAUCAAUUAAUGUCUGACCAAGGCCUAAGCGACAAGGACAAGCUACUCAUAAGUUUUAUCCGCUUCGCUGCAGAUGUUUUUAGAUCAGUUGAUGUAUAUGCUCAAACGAACAGAGAGCUCAUACUUGCUCUUAUAGCAUUUUCGUCUCUGCCGGCAAAUCAAGUCUCCACCAAAUUUCUCCAAAUGAAGUCGCGUGACGAGCUAGUUGUUGGGUUGGCAAAGUUCGGGAUCACCCCUUUGACCAAUAUUCUUCUCAAUCGACAUAUCGGUUCACCUCAGUCGUCUCUGGAAAAUCCUUCAAUGAUCAAAAUACACUGUGAUAAGUCUUUUGUGAUGACACACUAUAAUUUCCUAUUUACUUGUGCUCACUUGUACACAAACGGUCUUGACCUGGACUUUUCAAGGCUGUAUACUCGGCCCCUGAGGUACGUCAAAAUUCCUACAUAUGCAUUCAAUCGAAGAUCUCUCUGGUAUGUGACCAAACCUCCAAUAUUCGAUCAUUAUCUGCUAGGAAUGUUGAAAGAAGAGACGAGAACAUCAAGCAUUUUCCAGAACUGGCUCGACAAUGUGCGUCAACCACACCUUUUCAAGGGCAGCAUUAUUGGAAUAGGUGCCAUAAUUGAAGUAGUGCAUGCUGCUCUCAGUAAGCAUGGCUGUGGCAGUAUCUGUGUGGUAGACAUCAAGAUCAUGCAGUUAAAGCCCGUUUCUCCAUGCUUGUUGGAAACGAAAGUGGAAAGCAUGAAUGACUUAUUCCUGGUGUCUGCGCGACUUGAUGAUCACGAUUUCUUCAUUUGCAUCGCUUCAGCUGUAAAAGAAGACGAGAUGAAGAAACUCAACACAAAAUUGCAACGUCAUUAUGCUUGUGGUAAGGAAGCCGCUCAAAUGCGGCCCUUCUGUAUUCCUCAUGCCAAGAACUCCAUGGUCAUGGUGACAGAGGAUCUACGCUAUGCUUCUGUGAAAAUCAAGCACAGCGAUUCUCCAUAUUUAAUCGCUGUUGAAGCCUCAGUGAGGAUGAAUCCAUCACUUGUGCUGACUUCUUUUCACUGUGUUUCUUGCUUACCAUCAAGUUUUGAACUACUCAACAUAAUCAGUGGAGAUAGAGCUUUGACACUAGUCAGCUCACAAUACAAGACUUUAAUGCUUUUAUCUUUUUGUGAUGAGCAGCGCUGCAGUUCAACAGCAUAUCUGGAACAAAUACUACUUCACUCAAGAAUUACAACGAGUAACACAGUUUCGAAAGCCUCCACAUCUGCGGAAGAGCAAUACGUUACUGGCUUGCGAGAAGCGGUCACCAACUUUCAGCGAUACACUCGUAUUAUAAAUACUUUGCUUUCCUAUGGGGCAGUACAGAGGCAACCACUCAAAAGUCACCUGCAAACAGCCGUUUCGCAUGAAAUGAAGAAGAAAGAGAUGACUCAUCUGAAUGCCGCUGACGAAACAGAUGAGAAUGAGAUUAUUCCCGCUCCUAAGGCAACGUAUAAUAAAGGGCAUAACAGCGACACCUUCAGGAGACUUUCUGACAUUUACUGCGCCGAGGGCGAUACCAAGUGUGCAAACAUACGAACGCCAGAAGAAGGUAUCAUUAUGGUCAUGGAACAAAUGCCAUCAGAGGGAAUGCAUAAUAGUCGUAACACAGGGAAUCUUUCAAAAAGCAACCCUGAUGAAAUUCUGGGAUCAGUGCUGAAUGCUGCUCAGGAUGUGCUCUCCCAGCAAAUCCCAAUCAAUGAAGAAACGCUCUCUACAGGCUUCAUUGAAUUGGGUUUGGAAUCACUGAACAUGGUCGAGUUCGUGAGCAGAUUGAAUGAGAAAUACUUUCCAGGAAUGAAUAUAUCCACAGCUGACAUCUUCGAUUAUCCCACAAUAAAGCAGCUAGCUGAACACAUUCGCGUUGAGAAAAUGAGUGCUCCUACCUACAACAACGACACAAUGAGGUUUCUAAACUACAAAGCUGACAAAGUUUUGGAAUCGGUUCUAAAUGCUGCUCAGGAUGUACUUUCUCAACAAAUACCAAUCAGUGACAAAACGCUUUCUAUGGGCUUUAUCGAACUGGGUUUGGAGUCACUAAAUAUGAUUGAGUUCGUGAGCCGAUUGAAUGAGAAGUACUUCCCAGGAAUGAAUAUCUCCACAGCUGACAUCUUCGAUUAUCCCACAAUAAAGCAAUUAGCUGAUCACUUGCGGGAAGAGAAGAUGAAUAGUUCCACGAUCAUAAACAAUACAGAGAAACUUCCAAACUCCAAAUCUGACAAAAUUCUGGAGUCGGUGCUGAAUGCUGUCCAAGAUGUUCUUUCUACACGACUCUCAAUUAAUGACGAAACGCUUUCUAUGGGCUUCAUCGAAAUGGGAAUGAAUAUUUCCAUAGCUGACACUUUCGAUUACCCCACAAUAGAGCAGUUAGCUGAACAUAUCAGAGAACAGAAAAGGCAUAGUACCACAAAGAACAACGAUUCCGAGAGGUUUUCAAUCCGGGAGGCUGACAAAACGCUGGAGUCGGUGAGGAAUGCUGCGCAGGAUGUUUUAUCUCAACAAAUCCCGAUCAAUGAAGAAACGCUUUCUAUGGGCUUCAUUGAAAUGGGUUUGGAGUCACUGAACAUGGUCGAGUUCGUGAGCCGAUUGAAUGAGAAAUACUUCCCAGGAAUGAAUAUAUCCACAGCUGACAUCUUUGAUUACCCCACAAUAAAGCAACUAGCUGAACGUAUUAGGGGAAAGACUGGACUGCUAUUUCCAAGCAGUCCCACAAGCAACUCUUCAACACAUUCUUCACCUGUAGUCUCUAAAGAGACUUUCGUGGAACCUUGCACUACGCUCAAAAUUUUGGUGGGAGGCGGCUCCCAGGAGUGCAGUGCCUAUACUGAAGUCUUCGAGAAAGAAGAAGGCAGUGCAGAUGUUCUUUUGACUUCUUGGAAUGACGGUACUCUUUCAAUUGUUAAUCUUCAUGACGGUUCGAAACUCAAGCUUGACUCUAUAUCUCUUUGUGCCCCCAAUCCCCUCCACAUCAUAGAGAGAGGGGCCACCGUGAGGUUCAACUCUGAAGCUACAGUUGAAGCAAGAGCACUGUUCUUCUCAUUACUCCUCUUUGCUCGUCGGGUUCUCUUUGAUGGUCUCGAACUACGUAUAUCUGUGUCAAACUCAUCGACGCUUGCGAAUGCUCUUGCUCGCAGUUUCUUCAAAACUCUAGCUGCAGAAAAGUUCCCGAAAAUUCGGUACAUCUACAACGAACGACUUGUAAAGAUGCAUUUGUCCCUCACAGAGCCUUCCUCAAGCAUUGGAGGUAAUUGGCUCAUAACGGGAGGCCUUUCUGGUAUUGGACUGACCAUAGCAAAAUGGCUUCUGCUGGAGUGCUCUGCUGAAAAUUUAGUUUUAAUUAGCCGACGCGUCCCGGACGAGGAUCUGGUCUCACAGCUCCAUCAACUUCAACAAAGAGGAAAUAUUAUAGUAAUGAGUGCAAAUGUCGCUGAUUUCGAGAAGUUGCGAGGUGAACUCGAAAGGAUUCCCUUCAAGAUUAGUGGAGUUAUUCACAGCGCUGGAAUCAUCCGUGAUAGUGCCAUUGAACGACAGACGGCCGAAACAUUCUCGGAAGUAUUCGCACCCAAAGGGGACGGAUAUCAUGCUAUAGAUAAACUUUUGCGGAACAACGGGCAUAACCUGGAUCACUUUAUCGUGAUGUCGUCCUUCACCGUCGUUUGUGGCAAUGCUGGACAACUUAACUAUGCCGUCUCCAAUGCCUACCUUGAUCAUCAAAUGUAUUUGCGACGAAUGGAAGGAAAACCAGGGACAACGAUUCAUUGGGGAAACUGGUUGGACACUGGCAUGGCGAGAAAAGUACAGAGCACUCUUGUCAAUUAUGGCUUUAUGGGACUUACAAACGAGGAGGCUCUCAAAUAUUUAAGAUACGCCAUAAUUCACAAGCCUCUCGAGCUAACAGUUGCAAACGUUGACUGGGAAACAGUUCUGAACAGACGUCCAGACAUCAGACAAGAUUUCGUAAUGGACUGGGAUGAGAAGACUCCACCAAACUUGCGCGGGGAUUUCAUGAACCAGUUGGAGUGUUGCGACCCACCAAAUAGUAGUUCCUCUGAGAAAGAGCAUGUACACAUCGAUUCUGGACGAAUCGGACAUCGUAUGGAAGUACAACCUAUUCCAUCUGAGGAGGAGAAACGAACCGAGAACUUUAUAAAUUGCCCUAUCCGGAAUGCAACAGCUGCACGUGUUGGGUCAGACUCGACGAUAUGCAAUGUUCUGGGUUUGAAUGUGUUUUUCGAUGGAAAGGAUGAUUUCUGUGAGUCUAUCGCUUGGCACAUUGAAGCCCUGCACUCCAAGCCUCCCUUAUCGCUGUCUUUGCAGUCCUCGAAACGUUACGUUCUACCUAUGAUCGGCAAAUCUCUCACAGAGAUUCAAAACAAACUGGAAGGACUAUUCUACAAAACACCUUGCAGAAGCCUUCGUGGUAAAAGCGUAAUGAUGUUCGCGGGGCAGGGCCCUCAAUAUCCAUUUAUGGGUGAACAGCUAAGCACAAUGUUUCCCAUUUUCCGAAAGGAGUACGAAAAAUGUCUCAGUUUAGCAGACACCCACAGACCAAGCCAUGUCAGUCUCCUGAAAAUUAUAAAUAAUCCUAACAACGCUUCGCUUCUUCAAACAACUAGCAUUGCUCAGACUGUAAUAUUCGCCUUCAGCUAUGCUAGCGCCAUGUUGUGGCAUUCUUUUGGUUUUCGACCGAACUACUACUUGGGACACAGUGUAGGAGAGCUGGUCGCCGGAGUUGUGGCCGGAAUUAUGACACUUGAAGAGGGAAUUCGAAUUGUGGUCAAACGUGGAUUCGCCUUGGAGAAGAUCGCCGACCGAGGGGCUAUGUUGGCAAUAGACAGCACAGGUCAGAAGGAAAUACUGGAGAACUUCAAAGUUUCCCUGGCCGCAGUAAAUAGCUCUAAGCAAGUGGUCAUCGCUGGAACUCAGGCUGAGCUCCUCAAGGUGUUUGCUUACAUGAAAUCUAGGAAUAUUCGGGGCAAGCUUGUUAACCCGAAGUAUCCUUUUCAUAGCCCUCUUAUUCGGGACGAAGACCUUGAAGGACUGAGAGAAGUCACCAAUUACUGUGACGUUCAAGAAAUUUACCGUCGGAUGGCUAACAAUUGGUCUCGAAUACGCCAUGUCAAUUCAAGUAAUCAAAACGCUCAAAAGAAACGACAUAUGUACUUACUCGACUCUCCAAGUGAGGCACCCACAUGCAGUAUGGACCCUUUUCGAUGCUGCGUACAGCUGUCUUACAAGAGUAUGCUGAGUUUGGUCAUGAAAUCAGCACCCAGAGAGGAGAAAUUACCGGUAAAUUCUGGCUCUGGAUCUCUGCUCAAUGGCCCUGUCAGUGUACCGACCGCGGAAGCAGAAUCCCGAUCAAAUCAUGAAGUUCCAGAAGAAGAAAAAGGUGUAUACAUUGUCGGAUAUGAUGGAAUGUUCUGCUUUGAUGCGUCUGACAACCUUCAGUUGUGGCAAGCAAUGAAAACUGGACGUCUGCAGGAAGGCUACAAGAUCAGAGAGUAUCCCGAGCAAAGCCCUGCUCUGAUAGAUAUUGACGUGACCGAGUGGGAUCCCGAAUUUUUCGGCAUCAGUCCGAAAGAAGCGAAAUGUGUGGACGUUCUUCAACGGUUCAUGAUGAAAUCGGUCGUGAGAUGCAUGGAGAAUGCCGGGUGGACGUCAGUGCCAAAGGAGACGGGGAUAUUUAUUGGAGUAUCCGGGAGCGAUUUCAACAAUCGCGUUUACAGUGAGGUAAAGAACGAGAUAAGCGGAUAUUUCGGCGCGGGAUCAAGUGCAAGUUGUGUAGCAGGGCGAAUUGCCCAUUGGCUACGGACAGAAGGACCUGCAGUGGUGGUCGACACAGCAUGUUCGUCAUCUUUUGUGGCUCUGGCAUGUGCUCUAGACGCCAUUACUCAAGGAAAAUGUGAUCAUGCAAUUGUUGGAGGUGUUAACAUCAUUCUUCAUGAUACUGUCACUGAAGUGCUGAAGAACGCUGGAGUGCUGUCAGCAAAGGGGACUUGUCGAGUGUUCGACGCCGGGGCCGACGGCUACGUUCGUUCAGAAGCAGUAGGUGCCCAAUGGGACGUCCCAGGAACGAUUAAUGCGGUCCUUGAACUCAGGAAAAGUGGACCAUGUGGAAUGCCAUGGAACGGGACCUCCUUAGGCGAUCCGAUAGAGAUUCGAGCGGUUUCGAGGUGCUACGGUGCUGCCACCAUCUCCAGUAUAAAACACCUUGUUGGCCAUGCCGAAGCUGCUUCUGGUAUUGUCUCAUUGUUGGCCUGUUUGGAACAAAUGAAGCACAAUUACAGGACGGCACAAAGGUGUUUCGAUUGUCCUAAUCCUAAGGCUGACUUCGGUGAACUCAUAGUUAGCGCAAUCGGUGAGGAAGUCUGCGUAGAUCGCAUGGCAAUCAAUAACUUUGGAUUCAGUGGAACUAACUGUUCGAUAGUUGUUGAGAAGUUACCACAGCGGAUCACCUCUGGAAGGGCGUGUACUAAGUAUUACCUAGCUCCGCUCUCCUCUGCCGAUAAGGGUUCUUUGAAAAGGAUAGUUGAAGAAUUCAAGGCUUACGUCGAGCAAUCCGAUCAGCUGAUCAGUGAUAUCUGCACGAGACUCCAAAAGGGACGGCCGUCCUACAGAUAUCGCCAUUGUAUCCUCUAUGACUUCAGAAGACACAUCGUUUGGGAAACUGGAGAACCCACGGAUGAUUCCGAAUUUUUCAUGCCUCUUCAUCUACCCGCUUUGAUGGCAUUUGCAUACGGUCCAGGAUUCUCCAACUAUGACCAAAAUAACUCAGAAGGCUUCUUCUUCAAGCAGCUUAUUCCCGGUCUGAACCCACAGAAGAUGCCAACGCACCCCAUGACUCCUUGUCGCUUCCAUCAGUUCAUCGCAAAUUCAUACACUGAUGGCUAUUCCAUCAACUGGACCGUGUACAACACUGAAGCACAAAAUAAGGACACGCUGUUGCCUCACUACCAGUUCAACAACAGGAAAUAUUGGCCCUUUGAAAAACAAUUCGUCUGCAACUUCCCCACUUCAGCACCUCCUCUGAAGCAGAUCUACUAUGAAAAGACCCGUCUGAAAGUGUCCGGGUCCCAACGUGACUGUAGCCUUUUUGUCGUCAAUGUUGGUAAGAAGAUAGGUCUGCCCAAUCUCAAGCAUUGUACCGUAUCCGAAUUCCAACUGCUGCAGUCAUCAGGCCAAAAAAUGGUAGUGCUCUACCAUCCCGUCUCGUCAUCAAUAAAUGAGGCGCUGGAACUUAUCGCCUUAUGGCAGACCUUGGAGUCACAAAGUAAUUUUGUGCUGGUUGUCGCCUGUAAAAGCAAUGGGACCGCCUAUACUGAGUGGACCGCCCUCUGCAGAACACUAGCCAGUGAGCGUCUGCUACCUUAUAAGUUCGUGUCCUACUCAUCCGACGAGGAACUGGAGUCGGAGUUCUCGCUUGAAGACAUUUUCGAGUGCGUCUUCUACGAAGAUUCAUAUCGUUACGUCGAGAGAUUGGUUCCCCUAAAGCUGGGGAAAACCCAUUUCACGAGACCGCAGCACCUCCUUAUCACAGGUGGGACAGGAGGUAUAGGAAAACAUUUGAUUGAGUUCAUGAAUGCAAAGAGAACAACGGUGAUCACCAGAAACGCCAGACAUGUACCCAGCAGAAGUGAAGGACCACCUAGAACUUUUGUUGAAUCCGAUCUGGUCACACUGAUCCUACCUGAAGAUGAGCACUACGACGUUGUUGUUCAUUGCGCCGGAACCGUAGAUAACGCCCUCAUGGCUUCGAUGGACCUUCAUCGAUUCGAAAAU